GUGCAAUUGCGCCGUGAUUCGAGUCCUACCAAAGGCCGCGACGCAGUCCGGUAUUGAGGCGAAUGCUGCAUCAGCGGAUGUGGGGUUCGACAGCGCGUCCGUAUGGCCGUUGACGCCGUUUGUGCCGUUGGCGGGGCGCCCGUUGAGUUCGGCGGGCAUUGCUGUGGUGGCUGCGUUCUUUGUUGCGUCAAGAAAGUCUCCUCCCUCUCUUGUAAUGCCUCGGUGUGCUCGGAAUGGCUCUACCCGUCUGUUGCAAUGCUGGUCGUGGAUUGGCAAUGCUUAGAAAGAAUCGCGACGCCUUGGUAGUGCGAUGCCGGAGCUGUCCGCGGUAGUCUCGACAAUAAGUACCGAGUUGUGGCUUGCAAUAAUGGUCAAUCGAUAUGUCUGUUUAUUAGUACCUGAAAGAGUACUUCGUAGAGUCGGUGGGGUUGCUCUUAUCACGGCUCAAUGCCUGUGGACGUCAAGGUCGGAGGUCGAGUCAACGUGCGGAACCGCCCCUCCAAGCAAAAGUCCAGCGGCGGGAUGGAGUGGGCCGAGGCCUGCCUACAUCAUGCGCCGAGGCUCCGGUUUGCCAUGGCAGAUCGUGCGGCUGCAUUCAGUUUUCAGGCCACCGCCGAUGCCGACGGCGCGUGUUGACAAGCUGGCACCGACACCAUCAGACACCGGCCAGUGUGCUUCUUGCUCUGACCUCAGUCUUGGCUGCGAGCUUCGUGGUGCGGAUGGGCGACACGGCAGCCCCACGGCUAUCAGCUGCUGCAACGCGGGUAGCGGAUGAGUCCGCCUGAAGGUUCGUAGCGUACGCCAGUAGUAGCGCCGGUGUUUCUGCGCCUAAAAUUGACACCUGGCCGGCGUUGCA